AGAGAGAAAAAUGGGGAAAGGACUUGAGCAGACAGACAUUCCUCCAAAGCCCAUGUACAAAUGGCCAAGAGGCACACGAAAAGCUGCCAUUAGGGACGUGCAAAUCACAACCACCGUGAGGGCCGCCUGGGUGGCUCAGUCGGUUGAACGUUUGGACUCUGGACCUGGGCCCAGGUCAUGCAUGACCUCAGGGUUGUCAGAGCGAGCCCCUCCUCAGGCUCCAGGGCGGGCUGGGCGCUGGGCUCGGAGCCUGCUUAAGAUUCUCUCUCCCCCUCUGCCCCUCCCCUCCCCCCUCCCCCAAAAGAAAACAAAAAGUCACGUGAGAUAGCACUUCACACCCAGUGGGACGGCUAUUCUAGGCCCAAGGAAGACAAAGCCAGUGGAAAAUGACGAGUCUGGGCGAGGACGUGGAAGACGUGGGACCGUCGCACACUGCUGCUGGGAUCGGAAAGUGGUCCAGCUGCUGUGGGAAUCAGUUGGGCAGCUCCUCAGUAAGUUAAACACAGAAUGACCGUAUGACCCCGCAGUCCCAGUCCUAGGUGUACGCCCGAAGGAAUUGGGAACCGGUGCUCAAACAGAACCCUGCACGGGAGCACCCACCGCGGCGCACUCCCCAUCGGCCCCAAGGUGGAAAUCACCGAAACGCCUGCCCACUGAUGAACGGGCUACGCAACACGAGGUCUGUCCAUGCAGUGGACUACCGUUCAGCCAUCAAAGGACAUGAAGUCCCGAUUCAUGCUACCACGUGGAGGGACCCUAAUGAAAACGUGGGUGCUAAGCGAAAGCAGCCAGACACAAAAAGCCACCUAUUCGUCUUAUGAUCCCAUCUCUAGUGAGCAUUCCCUCAAAGAGAGGCUGCAGGGAGCAGGCUGAGCAGGCUCCUGCCAGCCCCAUUUCUCUGCAGGCCCAGGCUCUCCGCAGAGGCCAAUGCGGAAGCAGUGACCUCACCGGAUAUACGUGUCACAAAGUGUGCACCCCAGUGAAGGGGGUUGGUCCGUGGUCGCUUGGAUACGACGUAGGCGCCCCGAGUACCCGCUGCUUUAAGAAGCUGGGACCCGCUGGCGCACCGCACCACACCCGCUCCGCACCCACACCGCACCCGCACCGCACCGCGAGCUAGGCCCGUCGGAGAAAGCGCAGCCAAGGUCCAGCAUGCCGGGGGACAGAAGCCGUCGAGGGUCGUCCAGUGGCCAGAGGCGGACCCGCUCCCGCACUGCCCGAGCCGAGCUGUCGUUCUCUGUGAGCCACGUGGAGCGCCUCCUGCGGGAGGGCCACUACGCCCAGCGCCUGGGCUCGUCCGCGCCGGUCUUCCUAGCAGCAGUCAUCCAGUACCUGACGGCCAAAGUCCUGGAGCUGGCGGGCAACGAGGCCCAGAACAGCGGCGGGAGGCGCAUCACCCCGCAGCUCGUGGACAUGGCAGUCCACAACCACGCGCUGCUCAGCGGCUUCUUCGGGACCACGACCAUCUCCCAGGUGGCCCCGGCCUGGAACUAGCUGCCCGACGACGCGACCUGGGUGGCCGGGCCUCGGCCGGCCGGCCAUCAGGCACCAGCCAGGCCUGCUCGCAGCUGGGGCGGCCCCGGCCUGGCUGGUGCCUUGGGCAGAGUCCUAGACGGUCAAGAAAAAUGGGUCAAGAAACCCACGUGUCAAAGCAAUAAAAAAAGAAAGAAGCCCCGUGUGUGUGUGCUUCAGUCGCUUUGCGUGGGACGUGGUUGUGGGGCGCCCCUCUCGUUGGAGCGGCGGAGGGGCGGGGGUGGUGGCGGCGUCCGCCUGCGGUGCGGGGAGCGGUCGGAGUCCGGGAGGACCGAGAAGAGCAGUUUCUCUCGGGGACGCUGCAGCGGGUGGCCCUGGGUGGGAGGGGCUGGCUGGGCUGGGGGUGAGGCUGGGGCACAGAAGACCCCCGCGUUGGCUCUGAGCAAGUGAGAGCCCGGGACGGGCCCGGGAGGGAUGGUGUUCCUUGGGCCGGAGCUCAAGACCGUGACUGUGGCGUCGUGAUGGGGGCGAACGGACAACGGCAACCCGGGUGCGGGACGGAGGGGUGGACAGACCCGUUGGUACACCGAGUCUAGUGGGGCGGGGGCUUCGACCGGAAGGUUGAGGAGCGACGGCGGCGGGCCGGGGGGCCGGGGGCCGGCAAUCAGGAAGCAUGCAAGCUUGGCCUUAGAGCCACGCGGGGUCGCGAGUUGAGUUUUGGUCGGGUUGGGUUACAGACGCUAGGAGACGCCCGUAGCAGCGACCUGGGCAAACGGGCUGUCGCCUGGCAACAGCGGGCACGUAGCCAGGCCCCGCCCCAGGCCCCACGA